CACAGAGCCUCGCGAGGUUCCUGUUUUAACGGUCGUCUUUUCUCGAGCCAGCUCGGAUUUUGAAAUCGUUCAUUCAGGACCUCGAGGUCGGGCAGGAAGGAGGGAGUGAGAGGGAUAUUAUAGCGCUCGGCUGUUUCUAACUUGGGUGAAGAAAGAUAAAGACAACUCCCUGGGAUUCUCCAUACACCGAGGAUUUAUCCGGAUAUUACGGGGAAUUCUGGGAGUUUUUUUUAUUCUUUCGUUCCUUGAGGAUGAAACAAUUGAGCGGAACCCUCCGUUAAACCCUCCCUUAACACUGCUCUUUCUCUGUCGGAGGUUAGAACAUGGAACAUGGAAGAAGGUUGUGAGGGCUCUUUCUCGUCUUCCUAUUGGCCAGUGAGGCUGUGAGGUCACGGCAUGUGGAUUACUAUUUAUCCCAUGAUGCUAUCUGCCAGGCCGGGCUACUUCCUGCUGCUGCUCAGCUUCCUGCUCCUCGCUGAUGCAGACUCGCCACCCAAGUUCACACGGACCCCAGAGGACCAGACCGGGGUGCAGGGAGGGGUCGCCUCCUUCGUCUGUCAGGCCACUGGAGACCCUCCGCCCAGCAUAGUCUGGAACAAGAAGGGCAAGAAGGUCCAGAACCAGAGGUUUGAGGUAAUUGACUACGAGGAUGGCUCUGGGUCUGUUCUGAGGAUCCAACCACUGAGGACUCCUAGAGAUGAGGCUGUCUAUGAGUGCCACGUCUCCAACCCGGCCGGAGAGAUCACUGCACUCUGCAGACUCAACGUUUUACGGGAGGAUCAGCUCCCCUCGGGUUUCCCCACCAUAGACAUGGGUCCCCAGCUGAAGGUGGUGGAACGCUCUAGAACGGCCACCAUGCUGUGUGCUGCUAGCGGCAACCCCGACCCAGAAAUCACCUGGUUUAAAGACUUCCUCCCUGUCAACACCACCAAUAACAACGGGCGAAUCAAACAGCUCCGUUCAGGUGCCCUCCAGAUAGAGUUGAGUGAGGAACAGGACCAGGGGAAAUAUGAAUGUGUUGCCACCAACAGCGAUGGAACCCGCUACUCCACCCCCGCUAACCUAUACGUCAGAGUACGCAGGGUCCCUCCCAGGUUCUCUGUGCCUCCAGCAGACAGUGAGAUAAUACCAGGAGGCGGUAUCAACAUCACCUGCGUGGCUGUGGGCUCCCCCAUGCCUUACGUCAAGUGGAUGUUAGGCACAGAGGACCUCACCCCGGAGGACGACAUGCCUAUCGGACGCAACGUCCUGGAGCUGGGAGACAUACGCCAGUCCAACAACUACACCUGUGUGGCCAUGUCCACUCUGGGGGUGAUAGAGGCCGUGGCACAGAUCACGGUGAAAGCCCUGCCCAAGACCCCAGGUAACCCAGUGGUAACAGAAAGAACUGCCACCAGCAUCACACUGACCUGGGACUCAGGUAACCCUGAACCUGUGUCCUACUACAUCAUACAGCACCGUCCUAAAGAGUCUGAAUGUAAGACCUUUACAUCUUUCCUGGCCUUCACCUCUGCUCCAGGACCUCUCUCCCAGGACCUGCAGAUCAUAGCCAAGACUGGAGUUCCGUCCCAGCCAUCAGACUUCAAAGGAGAGGCCAAGUCGGAGACCAGUAUAUUGCUGUCAUGGGUGGCUCCUCCACAGAGUGGGCCUGAAAACCUGAUCACUGGAUAUGAACUGGUGUAUAGGAGGUCUGGUGACAACGAAGAGAAGAAGCUGAAUUUUGACCCCGCCUCCUCCUACCUUAUAAAGAAUUUGAAGCCAUUCUCCUCCUACACCUUCCAGCUGGCAGCACGUAGCAAACACGGCAUCGGAGCGUAUACCAACGAGGUUACCACAGAUACACCACAGACACAACCCUCGGCCCCUCCGCAGGAAGUCACAUGCUCCAGCCCCAACUCCACCAGCAUCCUGGUAAGUUGGGCUCCGCCCCUGGCGGAAUUCCAGAACGGAAUCAUAACGGGAUAUUCCAUCCAGUAUUCUGUCACGGAACGGGACAACAGGACUUCCCAGCAAGUCAGCCGAAUUCCACCGGGAAGCUCUCCGUACCUUCUGGAAAACCUGGAGAAAUGGACCGAGUAUGGAAUCACGGUCAGGGCCCUGACGGAAGCCGGAGAAGGACCAGAGAGUCUACAACUACUAGUACGCACCGAAGAAGAUGUUCCCAGUGGUCCUCCGCGCGACGUGGCGUCGGAGGCAGUGAACUCCUCAGCAGUCAGGGUGGUGUGGCGGGCACCAGCCGUGGAGCGCCAACAUGGUCAGGUCAGAGGUUACCAGGUCCACUACAUGAAGAUGAACUAUGGAGAACCCGCUGGACCCAAUCUCAUCAAAGAUAUACUCCUAGACGACUCACAGUGGGAAUACAAUGAAUCAGCAGAAUAUGAGUUGGUUCUAGGGGAACUCCAGGCUGAUACUGCCUACUCUGUGUCUGUGGGGGCGUACACCGCCAAGGGAGACGGGGCACGGAGCAAACCCCAAACUCUCUGCACUGCCCUCCCACUCCCAGAACCCCCCAGGCUCUCAGUAAGUCCCACCCCCGUGGGCACGGCCCAGCUCCAGUGGCUGCCUCCACCCAGCCCCGCUACCCCUCUCCUGGGGUACCGUCUAACCUUCGGACGCCUGGAUGUCCUCCCCCUCACCGUGGUAGAAUUCCCCGCCAAGGAAAAGUCCUACACCGCUCAGGAUAUCCACAAGGGGGCGUCGUACGUGUUCCGACUCUCCGCCCGGAAUAAGAUAGGAUACGGAGAGGAGGCAGCGACCGAGGUGACCACUCCGGAAGACGUUCCCGGAGGAUUCCCGGAAAAUAUCCUGUCAGAAGGCGCCUCGGCGUCUUCCAUACGGCUCGUCUGGAAGUCUGUCCCGCUGAUCGAACGGAACGGGAAGGUUGUGAAGUACUCGGUGCAGUACCGGGAUGUUAACGGUAGAGGUGGGAACGCUACCGGGGAGGUGGUGGUGACGGUACCGGAAUCUAGCGUGACGUUGGAAGGGCUGAGCGCUGACACGGUGUAUGACGUCAGAGUGCGUGCGUUCACGGCGGUAGGGGCGGGGCCGUAUAGUCCCGGCGUUCAGUUUAGGACGCAACCGCUAGAUGUGGAAGUGUUUGCUACUAACUUCAGAGUGAAGGCUGCCAUGAAGAACUCAGUCCUGCUGACCUGGGAGAUACGAGACAAAACACCCUCCCAGCCUUUUACGAUCCUGUAUGGUAAGGGUCAGAGUGUUGAGGUGGAUGGUAAACAGAACCAGAAGCUGAUAACAGGUCUGCAGCCGGAAACACAGUACUCCUUCCUGUUGACUAACCGUGGCAACAGUGCCGGAGGUCUACAGCACCGCGUAACCGUGACGACCGCCCCGGACGUGCUGCGCACCAAACCCACGCUGGUGGGGAAGACCAACACAGACGGGAUGGUGACGGUUCAACUACCUCCCGUACAGACCACCACUACCGUCAGGGGCUACUAUGUGGUGGUGGUUCCUCUGAAGAAGCAGAGAGGAGGGAAGUUCUUGAAGCCUGGUGACAACCCUGAUCAGAUGAACCUAGAUGAGCUCCUGAAAGAGAUCAACAGGACCAGUGUGAGCCAGGCGCUGCGUGUCCGUCGCCAGGUCCCGGCCAGCCAAUCAGAUCCCAGGGCCUAUGUUUCCGCCCACUUUAAGACCCUCCCCCAGGAGUUCACCCUCGGUGAUGGGAGGAGCUAUGGAGAGUUCCGGAACCGCCCGCUGCAAAACGGACAGGAAUAUGUGUUCUUCGUGCUGGCGCUGCUAGACCUGUCUAAUAAUACAAUGUAUUCAACCAGCCCCUAUUCUGACCCCGUGACCUCCAAUGACGUGGACCCUCAGCCAAUCGUAGAUGAGGAGGAGGGGCUUCUGUGGGUGGUGGGGCCGGUAAUGGCUGUCAUCUUCAUCGUCUGCAUCGUCAUCGCCAUCCUGCUCUUCAAGAGUAAACCAGACAGGAAAAGAGCUGAAGCAGAGGGAAGGAAGGCUACUUUCCCCUGCAGCAAGGCCAUGUCCUCUCAUCAUCCUACUGAUCCUGUGGAGCUACGUAGAAUCAACUUCCAGACCCCAGGAAGUUACCGUGUAUCAGCUUUCCGCGGCUACAGACGAUUGUCAAGCAUGGCUAGUCACCCACCUGUCCCCAUCUCCGAGCUCGCCGAUCAUCUAGAAGGCCUGAAAGCCAACGACAACCUGAAGUUCUCUCAGGAGUAUGAGUCCGUUGACCCCGGACAGCAGUUCACCUGGGAGCAGUCUAACCUGGAGGUCAACAAGCCAAAGAACCGCUACGCUAACGUCAUCGCCUACGACCACUCCAGGGUUCUACUGUCCAGCAUCGAGGGUAUCCCAGGCAGCGACUACAUCAAUGCUAACUACAUUGAUGGCUACCGCCGUCAAAACGCCUACAUCGCGACGCAGGGCUCUCUCCCCGAGACCUUCUGUGACUUCUGGAGACUGGUUUGGGAACAGCACACGGCCAACAUCGUCAUGAUGACCAAGCUAGAGGAGAAGUCUCGGGUAAAAUGUGAUCAGUACUGGCCUACCAGAGGAACAGAGACAUAUGGGUUGAUACAGGUUACUCUGCUGGACACUGUAGAGCUGGCUACAUACUCUGUUAGGACCUUCUCUCUCUACAAGAGUGGCUCCAAUGAGAAGCGUGAGAUUCGUCAGUUCCAGUUUACAGCCUGGCCGGACCACGGGGUCCCCGAACACCCCACCCCCUUCCUGGCCUUCCUCCGACGGGUCAAGGCCUGCAACCCUCCAGACGCAGGACCCAUGGUCGUACACUGCAGUGCUGGAGUGGGCCGGACUGGUUGUUUCAUCGUGAUUGACGCCAUGGUGGAGCGAAUCAAACACGAGAAGACAGUUGACAUCUACGGUCACGUGACCCUCAUGAGGUCCCAGCGGAACUACAUGGUGCAGACGGAGGAUCAGUACGCCUUUAUCCACGACGCGCUGCUGGAAGCCGUCGCCUGCGGCAACACCGAGGUUCCGGCGCGAAACCUUCACGCCUACAUCCAGAGACUGACCCAGAUAGAACCGGCGGAGAACGUCACGGGCACGGAACUGGAGUUCAAGCGGUUGGCCAGUGCGAAGGCCCACACCUCCAGGUUUGUGAGUGCCAACCUGCCGUGUAACAAGUUCAAGAACCGUCUGGUGAACAUCAUGCCCUAUGAGUCCACCAGGGUCUGUCUGCAGCCAAUCAGAGGAGUGGAGGGGUCAGACUACAUCAACGCCAGCUUCAUAGACGGAUACAGGCAGCAGAGGGCUUAUAUAGCCACCCAGGGCCCGCUGGCUGAGACUACUGAGGACUACUGGAGAAUGUUGUGGGAACACAACUCUACCAUAGUGGUCAUGUUGACUAAACUGAGGGAGAUGGGACGGGAGAAGUGCCAUCAGUACUGGCCAGCAGAGCGUUCUGCCAGGUACCAGUACUUUGUGGUGGACCCCAUGGCUGAGUACAACAUGCCCCAGUACAUCCUGCGAGAGUUCAAAGUCACCGACGCCAGGGACGGCCAGUCUCGGACGGUUCGUCAGUUCCAGUUCACUGAUUGGCCGGAGCAAGGAGUGCCAAAGUCAGGGGAGGGGUUCAUUGAUUUCAUUGGCCAGGUGCACAAAACUAAAGAGCAGUUUGGCCAGGACGGACCAAUCACGGUGCACUGUAGUGCUGGUGUGGGGAGGACAGGGGUCUUCAUCACUCUGAGUAUCGUUCUGGAGAGGAUGAGAUAUGAAGGAGUAGUGGACAUCUUCCAGACUGUCAAGAUGCUGCGAACACAGAGACCUGCUACGGUACAAACUGAGGACCAGUACCAGUUCUGUUACCGGGCCGGUCUGGAGUAUCUGGGUAGCUUCGACCACUAUGCAACAUAAUCCCUCCCUCUGGUCUGCGUCCCAAACAACACCCGAACUCCCUGUGUCGUGCACUACUUUAGACCAUAGUGUAUUCUCACUACUGUGGCCCAGUGUUUACACUCAAAAGUAGUGCACUACUGAUUAGUGCGCUAUGCAGGGAAUAGGGGCCAUUUGAGAUCAGGCCUCCACCACCUCCAGAGGGCAGGGCACCCAUGGCGCCACUCCUCCCCCAAAACGAGCACCUAAACUGAGCCAUAUUUGCGUGUCUGACCGGGGGAUACCUCCAGACCCCAACCCAAACCCACUCACUACUCAGUCAGAAGUGCACUACUUUGUGCAUUAUAUAGGGAUUAAGACACCAUUUUGGACGCGAACUGGCACUACUUAACAAUGGAAUGAGGAUUCAAUGGAUUGAUAUUGGAACAAGUCUUUACAUGGUGAAGGUAGACAGUCAGGGGAACAAGUCUUUACAUGGUGAAGGUAGACAGUUAGGGGAACAAGUCUUUACAUGGUGAAGGUAGACAGUUAGGGGAACAAGUCUUUACAUGGUGAAGGUAGACAGUUAGGGGAACAAGUCUUUACAUGGUAGACAGUUAGGGGAACAAGUCUUUACAUGGUAGACAGUUAGGGGAACAAGUCUUUACAUGGUAGACAGUUAGGGGAACAAGUCUUUACAUGGUGAAGGUAGACAGUUAGGGGAACAAGUCUUUACAUGGUGAAGGUAGACAGUUAGGGGAACAAGUCUUUACAUGGUGAAGGUAGACAGUUAGGGGAACAAGUCUUUACAUGGUGAAGGUAGACAGUUAGGGGAACUCACUUCAUUCACAGGGGAACAAGUCUUUACAUGGUGAAGGUAGACAGUUAGGGGAACAAGUCUUUACAUGGUGAAGGUAGACAGUUAGGGGAACAAGUCUUUACAUGGUGAAGGUAGACAGUUAGGGGAACAAGUCUUUACAUGGUGAAGGUAGACAGUCAGGGGAACUCACUUCAUUCACAGGGGAACGAGUCUUUACAUGGUGAAGGUAGACAGUCAGGGGAACAAGCAACACCCACCUGGAUAUGUACUGGACUACAGUAGGAUGACAAACUCAGCAUCAAAUCAACUUUGGACAUUUUCUGUUAUUUUUAUCAAGAAAGUCCACUUUCUGUUUUCCGUCAGGGAUUGACUGGACAUUGUGGGGACGACGCAGAGAGACUUUUGAGGAGUGGAACUGUAAGGAACAAACAGUAUUAACGAAACGAGACACCUUGGAUUCAUAGAUCAUGAAACACACCAGGAGGACAUUUCUUUGGGCCCCGGAAUGUUGUUUCAGGUGAAUGAAGAAGGAGAGGAGGAGGAAGAUG